ACGAGUGUCAGGGCCCGAGCCCGGCAGACUGCGGACCCCACACAAACUGCACCAACGUGCCUGGGAGUUACUACUGCACCUGCAUCGAUGGCUACGAGCCCAGCUCUGGGAAAGCCAACUUCAUGCACGCGAGUGAGAACAGCUGCCAGGAUAUUAACGAGUGUCAGGGCCCGAGCCCGGCAGACUGCGGACCCCACACAAACUGCACCAACGUGCCUGGGAGUUACUACUGCACCUGCAUCGAUGGCUACGAGCCCAGCUCUGGGAAAGCCAACUUCACGCACGCGAGUGAGAACAGCUGCCAGGAUAUUGACGAGUGUCUGGGCCCGAGACCGCCAGACUGCGGACCCCACGCAAACUGCACCAAUAUGCCUGGGAAUUACUCCUGCAGCUGCACCAAUGGCUACGAGCCCAGCUCUGGGAAAACCAAGUUCACCCACGCGAGUGAGAACAGCUGCCAGGAUAUUAACGAGUGUCAGGGCCCGAGCCCGGCAAACUGUGGACCCCACGCAAACUGCACCAACGUGCCUGGGAAUUACUCCUGCACCUGCAUCGAUGGCUACGAGCCCAGCUCUGGGAAAGCCAAGUUCACACACGCGAGUGAGAACAGCUGCCAGGAUAUUGACGAGUGUCUAGGCCCGAGCCCGCCAGACUGCGGACCCCACGCAAACUGCACAAAUAUGCCUGGGAGUUACUACUGCAGCUGCACCAAUGGCUACGAGCCCAGCUCUGGGAAAGCCAAGUUCACCCACGCGAGUGAGAACAGCUGCCAGGAUAUUGACGAGUGUCAGGGCCCGAGCCUGGCAGACUGCAGACCCCACACAAACUGCACCAACAUGCCCGGGAGUUACUAUUGCACCUGCAUUGAUGGCUACGAGCCCAGCUCUGGGAAAGCCAACUUCACGCACGCGAGUGAGAACAGCUGCCAGGAUAUUGACGAGUGUCUGGGCCCGAGCCCGCCAGACUGCGGACCCCACGCAAACUGCACAAAUAUGCCUGGGAAUUACUCUUGCAGCUGCACCAAUGGCUACGAGCCCAGCGCUGGGAAAGCCAAGUUCACCCACGCGAGUGAGAACAGCUGCCAGGACAUCGACGAGUGCAACAAGACCACAGAUAUCUGUGGCCCCAACACCAUGUGCAUCAACACCAAUGGGAGCUACCGGUGUGAGUGCCGGGCUGGCUACAUCCCCUCCAAUGGGAACACGACCCUGUGCAAAGUCCCCAGCAUUAACUCCAGCGUUCAGUUCGUGGCCAUCAAAGAGACGUUCAGGAAUUUCUCUCUGCAGGGAAAGCGGAGCGGUGAAAGCAGGAAUGUUUCCUCUUUCCUUAAUUCGACCUUCAACAUUUUGAUGUCCAUGUUUGGAGACGGGAAUGCGACGUUAUCACUGGAGAACGCGACUCUCCCUUUCAACUCGGUCCUGAAGAGCACCUCCCGCUUGGACGGUGGAGGCAAGGGCGAGGUUGUGUCGGCUGUAACGUUUGUCCUGCAGACAAUGGAACUGUCCACGCUGGCCAUUGCGCUCCAGUCUCCGGAGAGGACAACACAGGACGUGACCACAGAGUCUCUGGCUAUCCAGACACGGCUCGUCACAGGGAACUGCAGCCAGCACAGCGAGGUCUUCACGCUGAGAGCUCACAAGGAGACGAUGGUCGUGCACUGUGAUACAAUCAACGGGACAGCCACACAAGCUGGUGUGGGGGCUGCUGCUUUUAUUUCCUACUCCACCCUGGACUCCAUCAUCAGUGCGAGACGUCUCAGCGAGGGAAAUCUACCAGCUGGUGGGAAGCUGGAGAAGAGUCACCUCAACUCCAGGGUGGUGAGUGGGGCCAUUGGAGACGGGAGCCCCGUUCAUCUCUCCAGCCCCGCAAACUUCACCCUGCGACAUAAACAGGCCAAAAAAGAGGAGGAAGAGGCUCUCUGCGUCUACUGGAAAGUGGUGGCCGAGAGCGGCAGCUGGUCUCCGGACGGCUGCACCGCCGUGCACACGAACAGCACUCACACCACCUGCAGCUGUGACCAUCUCUCCAGCUUCGCCAUCCUAACGGCUCCCACCGCAGUGACGGAGAGCUACCCACUGACCAUCAUCACCUACGUGGGACUGACCCUCUCCCUGCUGUGCCUCCUCCUGGCCAUCCUCACCUUCCUCCUGUGCCGCUCCAUCCGCAACGUCAGCACAUCCCUCCACCUGCAGCUCUGCCUCUGCCUCUUCCUGGCCGACCUGCUCUUCCUCACCCAGGUGACCCGCCCCGGCAGUCAGGUGGCGUGUGCUGUCAUUGCUGGCCUCCUACACUACCUCUUCCUGGCCUGCUUCAGCUGGAUGUUCCUGGAGGGGCUGCACCUCUUCCUCACCAUCAGGAACCUGCAGGUCGUGAAUUACACCAGCGCCGGCCGGUUCAAGAAGAGAUUCAUGUAUCUGUUCGGCUACGGAUUCCCAGCCCUGGUGGUGGCUAUUUCUGCAGCGGUGAAUCCUGGUGGCUAUGGAACUUCCACACACUGCUGGCUCAGCCUGGAAAGAGGAUUUCAUUGGAGCUUCCUGGGACCAGUCUGUGCCAUAAUCCUGAUAAAUAUAACGUUCUUUGCCCUGACCCUGUGGAUCCUGAGAAACAAACUCUCCUCCCUCAAUGCAGAUGUGUCCACCCUCAGAGACCACAGGUUACUGACCUUUAAAGCCAUCGCCCAACUCUUCAUUCUGGGCUGCACAUGGAGCCUUGGUCUCCUCCAAGUUGGCCCAGCAGCCACGGUCAUGGCGUAUUUAUUCACCAUCGUCAACAGCCUGCAGGGAGCCUUCAUGUUCCUGGUGCAUUGUCUCCUCAAUCGCCAGGUGAGACAGGAAUACAGGAGAUGGCUCAAGGGAUUCCGAACAUUCAGCACGAAAUCUCAGACAUACUAUCUGUCCAUGUCUGCUGUCCCCACCACCAGCACCAAGACGGAUUGUCAGUGCAGACGGAUUAUCCCCGAUGAGCACUCAGCACCGUGAAGAAUUGCCCUUGGCUCCAAUAUCCCUGUGGGUCAGGAUCCAGGGGCUCUGUGCGUCACCUCCCAGAUUCAACACACUGGUUUGCACAUUACACUCUUAGUGGCUUUGGAACCUAUUGUCAUUUUUGUGCUUUUCUUGCCAGGACUAACCUUUCUCUCAGGUGGAGGCGACAGCAACCCAGUCCGGGUUCAAUACCCAGGGGGUUCCAAUACAAAACAGAACCAGCUGGAGCUCUCACCCAGUAAUCUGGGAAAACUUCACACCACCCCAGGUGCCUCCGAGAGGCAAUACGUCCCCUCUCAGAAGCACUGAGUCUCUGUAUAACAAAGAGAACUUUUAAUAAAAAGGAGAAAGGAAUCUGGCAUUAAUCUGAGAAACCUCCCAACCACUAUUUGAAAGCUUGUGACCAUGAGUAAGGCUAAGAUAUUUUUAGUAAAAAUCUCCGACAAGUGGCGGGAAAUAAACAAAAAUUCACGAUUGCCUGUGACCCGUCCUGACUUUCAGUAAAAAGAUACUGACAAAACAGGGAGGCGGGUUCAGCUCAGAGCCACUGCUGCUGGCGCUCCGGGGUCCCCCACCACCAUGGCAGUGAGUGGGAGCUUCGAGGAGCUCCAUGCCACCUGUGAGAAGUGGAAGCUCUAUGGUCCCCCACUUCCCAUGGGGGAUGGGAUGCUGUGGGGUACCCUCACCCCCCAUGGCAGCUGAGAGCUCCCCGGAGUCCCCCCUCUUCCUGGCAUGGCUGGGCAACUGCAGAGGGUCCUCCGUCAACCACCGUGGGGCAGUCGGGGAUGCUUGGUUAUGGAGACAGCCUUCUCCCUGCCGCCGCUGCACCCUACGUAGCCCCUUUCCAAGGUGUCAAGAAGAUCAGCACCGCG